CUCUCUCUCUCUGUCUAUCCCUCCUACAUCCAUGAGGACUGCAGGCAUGAUGUGCCGGUCGCAUGCCUCGACGGCGGUGUGCGUUCCCGGCGAUCCCCGGUCGAUGGUCGUGUUGAGGAGGCCGGACCGGACACUUGUCGAGCACUCGAGGCUCGUCGACUUGAAGUACUCUCGCCUCGUGGAUUCCCGGAGGUUUAUGCCGAGAGACGAAGGGCGGUCGGUCACCCUUCCAAUGGUUCUGAAGAAAGAGAGAGAGCCACCAAAGCCUACCAAUGUCUCCCCCCCACCUCCUCCCUCUAAUGACCAAGUCUUUCAAGUGGUGGUUAUGAGAGUUUCCAUUCAUUGUCAAGGAUGCGCAGGAAAAGUAAGGAAGCACAUCUCCAAAAUGGAAGGGGUCACAUCCUAUAGCAUAGAUCUGGAGUCCAAGAGGGUGACUGUGAUGGGCCAUGUCUCCCCGGUUGGAGUCCUAGAGAGCAUCUCAAAGGUGAAGAGGGCUGAGUUCUGGCCUUGCUAAGUCGAGCUAGCUUUUCUUUUGGUAGUCCCAAAAGCCUGUGUUUCCUUUGGAAUGUGAUCAUGGUAUUGUUACAUACUGUAGUAUGUCAUGGACUAUCUUUGUCUAUCAUGUCUUGAUGGGUGACAAAGUCUUUGGCCUAUGGUCUAUUCCUGUUCAUUACUAUGUCAGUGUAUGGAUGGCUAUGCUCUCCUUGUGACCAGUUUAAUUUAUGUAUGUGAAUCUUAAAUUUGUUAGAAUCCACGGGACCAAAUUCUUUUCUAUAAAGUCUUGUAAGUGGUUGUUCACA